CGACGGGCGCCGGAGCUCUUGAGUCACUUCCGCCGCGAGUAAAUGGCGGUAGCGAGCAGGGUGGACUGUAAACAUAUCAGCUACCACAACUGUCGCCGCGCUGAGGAGGAACUCGCCUCCCGCUCGACGGAAACAAAGCAAACGCGGUUCAAAUGGAGGAGGAGGGGGAAGGGAGAGGAGAGGAAGGGCCGGGCUGCGAGGUGGCCGAGCUGCGGCUCCGGGUCGAGUCCCUGAAGCAGGAGCUGCAGGAGUGCCGAUCCGAGCUGAGCAAGCUGGAGAAGCAGCUGAGCCAGUCCGAGAGGCUGCAGCGGAGCACCGAGGGCUACAACGAGGACCUGCGGAAACAGGUUGACCAGCUCAGUGCAGAGAUCCAUGAGCGAAAGAAGAAAGACAAAGACAGGGUCAACCAAGAAACUCAGACAGAAGAACAUGUGUGGACAGAAACCGAUUACUACAAUUACUACUAUGGAGGUUACAGCCAGAACGUCGAGGCGGCAGAUUCCCAGGAAACUCUGGACACGCCGACAGCAGCGGCAGCAGCGCCGGCGACGACGGAUGAGACUGAUAACAGUACGGCGGCGGAGGCAGCGCUAGCCAAUGAAGCGACGGCCCCAGAUGUGUCCUCUUCAGCAGGAGGCAGCGAAGCUACUGCAGUAGAGGGAGGCGAUGCGGGCUCCAUAGCCGACAUGCUGAGGGCCACCGCUGAAGAAGCCAUGACACAGACCGGCUUCGUCUUUGAUGAGACAUCGGGGAUGUAUUACGAUCACAGCACAGGCUUCUAUUACGACUCGGUCAGUCAGUUGUACUACGAUGCCAACACGGGCAUAUACUACUACUACGACGCAGAAAGCGGACGGUAUCAGUUUCAUUCCCGGAUCGAGGUGCCAGCCGUGCAGAGCGCCACUGAGCCUUUCCAGGAGACUCCGGUUCCCGACAAGAAGUGGAGAAAGGUCCAGAGAGGAGCCAAGAAGGCGUCCCACCAGGACGAGGGGGAGCACAAAGCGGACGAGGCAAAGCCGGAAGCGGAGGAGACGGAUCGGGCCGAAUCCCGAAAGCUGCACCGGCGCUCCCGUAGCCCGGACCCGGCCAAGAGCAAGAGAGACUCUUCGAAACGUGGGAAAGACAAGGACAAAACGUCGCCGAGGAGGAAGCGGCUGAAGAACGGCUCGCACCACGAGGAGAAGGGCAGCUCCAGGAAGAAGAGGAAAAAGUCUAAAUCGGAGAAGCACGAGAAGAAGAAGAGGAAGAGGAAGAGGAGGAGCCCGACUCGGAGCGAGGAGUCCGAGGGCAACAGCGAACCGGAGGAGGGCGAGAUCACGGAGUCUGAGAGAGAAGAUGUGGACUCGCCCUCUUCUCCUUCGUCCUGUUCCAGCCCCAAACAUUCCAGGGAAAGUCCCGAGUCGGAAAUGGAAGUGCAGAGCCAGGAAGUUAACAACAUCUGGCCUCCCUGCGUACGCGUGACGGUGGUCAGGUCCCCGGUGCUGCAGGUGGGAACUCUGUUCAUCGUCACGGCCGACUCUCCGGCCACAUUCGGCAGAGAAAAGGACAUGGACCACGCGGUUCGGAUACCAGAGAUGGGAGUCAGCAAGUUCCAUGCGGAGGUGUAUUUCGACCAGGAGCAGCAGAGCUACAUGCUGGUGGACCAGGGAAGCCAGAACGGGACGGUCAUCAAUGGGAACCGCAUCUUGCAGCCCAAAACCAAGUCGGAGCCUCACGCUCUCAUGCACGGCGAUGAAGUCAAGAUGGGGGAGACCGUUCUGUCCUUCCACAUCCACUCGGGUACGGACACCUGCGACGGCUGCGAGCCCGGACAGGUGAUGGCUCACAUCAGCAAGCACAGGAGGGAGGAGGGCACCGAAGGUCCUGGCCUCAGCAAAGAGGAUAAAGAAUUGCUGAGACAGAAGGAGCUGAAGCAAAUGAAGGCCAAAUACGGCCUGCAGAGCAUCGAGUAUGACGAGACCAAAGCCCUGAGGAACCCCAAAUAUAAGGACAGAGCAGAGUCACGCCGGCAGACCGUGGGCAGCGAAGGCGUUUUCCAGCGAGACGACGCGCCGGCUUCUGUACAUAAGGAGAUCAGUGAAGUCAACAAGGGCCGGAAGAUGCUGGAAAAAAUGGGCUGGAAAAAAGGAGAGGGACUGGGAAAGGAGGGCAGGGGAAUGAAAGACCCGAUCGAGCUGAAAAUCCGAAAGUCCCAGUCGGGCCUGGGAGCGGCCGGCGCCAUGUCCGUGGACGACGCCUCUGCGGCCCGAUCCAAGUCGCAGAAGAACUGGGAGAAGGCCCGCGAGCGGUUCGCCGACUCCUGCCAGCCCGACCCGCCGGCGCCCAAAGCCCAGAAGAGCAAAGCCUGGGUCCGACCCGAGGAGGCGGAGGACGGCCAAACCAGUUUGGAGCCGCAGUUAGGAGUGACUUGAGGCUGAAGUCGUUGUUGAUUUUUCUGUGGAGCAGAGGAGGGAGUGUCCUCCCUUCCCAGGAAGCCGCCACUGUGUUAAAGCUUGAGAAAAGUCCCUGUGCCAGCUAACUGUUCUGGAAACUGUCUGUGUUUGCUUUCAUCCCCGUAAGUAUAAAGCCGUUUUAGUUGCUGUGCUUUUUUUUUUUUUGCUCCAUCAGACGAGCCGAGAACAGGAGCUCAGGCUGAGCUGCAGGACACUCGCCGCCUCAAGCAAAUAUUGACACAGUCGAGUUGUAUUUCUCACAGUGAGAUCUUAUUGUAACAAAACGACUAGGAAUCUAAUGGAAAAACACCCAUUCAUGUUAAACAUGUGAUAAGAAACAACUUUUUUAAAAAAAACAACAAAUGUGACUCAUUCAGCUGUUUUGUUUUUUUGUGUGUGGUCUGAGAUAACAUCUGUGUGUGACUGGUAAAAAAAGAAAGCCUCACGUCUACAUUCUUCUAAGCCCACAGAGGGAAACGUCUGACAGCCUGUCUGCGCGUGGCCUUAUCUCCUUUUUUAACGAGGCCGUGGGAACAUUUGCAUCCGCGCCCGGACAGAGGCCGGCGGCACAAAGCGGGCCGCACAGUCGGCAUCGCAGCGUCCGGUGAACUCACGUUAGGCUUUUCACGACGCUCCUGAAGCUCGUUCGCCGGCUGCUCUUCCUCCGUUCCUGGCUCUGCGCGCCGCCCAUCUUGAAUCGCCGAGCGGAGGACGGGACGAGACACGGGCGUCCCUCUGCUGCCGUGUGACAGCCCCGCAGGUGAACAGCGGCUCCCUGCUCUGCUGACAGGUGGGCCCUCCCUCCUCCGCUUGGCAGCCUCGCAAGUCUCCUCCCUCAUCUUAACAACCUGGCUUGGUUUGAUAUAUUGCGGUGGAGUAAAAGUGGGCGCGAUCGGCGCUGUGUGCUGCCCUGUUGUCGAGAGUAGAGCCCCGCAGCCAUAAAAAGAUAUUAGUCACGAGAUAAGGUGGGAUGGGCUUUCCCAGUCCCUGGCUUUUAAAAGAGCACCAAGGCCAGCACAGGGGGUUUUAUUCAUUUUAGGGUUUAAGGAGCGCUGAAUGCUGUCAGGCCCACUUGGUCUGGCUUUCAGAUAGUUUUUACUUUUGCCCGAUCUCAGUUCUUAGACAGUUUUCCCUGACAUUUAUUUAUUUAUUUAUUUAUUCAUUCAGCGCAGCGUAUUUUGGCUUUUCCUCAUCCGCACAGAGAAAACCCCAGAAAUCCCGAGGCGACGGCGCUCCUUUUUAAAAAGCUGCCACCGACAGGCACAGACACGCUCUGUGCUGGCGGCUGCCGGGGGUUGGAGCUGAAGCAAUUUCUAAGGGUCGUCAUCCGAGUUAAAGCUUCACACAGCUAUCCGGGUUAUUCGUCAUUCAUCGUCGGGGAUGGCCCUGACAUAUCGUAUUAACAAGUGCUUGUCAGGGAGCUUUUCAGCUGACCCACACGCGUUUGGACACAGAGACGCGUACGUGACAAAUCAGCGGUACGACGAAUUGGAUGAAAGCUAUAAUGUAAUCUGAAUGUAUUGCUGUAAAACUGAAGUGGCCACGUAUUUGACCAUUUUCUAAAACUUUAAUGUGAUGAAGGCUCUCUACUUGUCCUUCCUGCUAUGUGAUAGAAAACAUUUGAAUAAAAAAAUAUGUAUGGCUGUGAAUAAAAGGGAGAGCAGAACAAGCUGGAGGCUUCUGACCUUUCAGAUAUCUAAAA